AGAGGUUGGAGGCAUUGGCCAAGUCCGUGCACAGGGACAGGGUGAUGGAUGGGGUUGUUGCUCUGCACAACGGAUGUUUACCACCACACACCUGCUUCGCUACAUCUCAUUUUCACAUCCAUCUUUACUCUGCGACCAGCGAAAUUGUACUCACGAUCGUUCCAUUCCCCAGUUAACCGCAGAGACGUCGCCGGAUCCGUGCUGUCUUCCGGAUUCUAGGACUAUAACGGCGUCACAUCCCUCCAAACCGCCCAAAAGGUCCUAACACGCAGAGCAACUCCGUCGCAGACACGAACAACAAAGGAGACUCGUGGCAAGAUGGAUAAGAAAAGCCUCGAAGCUUGCUUCGAGAAGAUCACGAUACACGAUGAGAAUGAGGGAUACAAUGGCCAUGGACAGCUCGUCCAGAAACCAAAGGGCUCUUUAUCAGCUGCGAUGUCCAUCACCGGACUGGGAGCCUCCAACAACGCCGGAAAUCGCAUGAAGCUUACCCUCCAGAAGCUUCAAUCGGCCAAAUCGGCUGCAGGAGCGUCCAUCACCAUCGUCCAACGACCAUCAUCAGAAAACCUUCAGCGAGCCUCAUUAACAGCGCCAUCGAUCCCACUGUACAAACAGCCGAGUGUCCCUAAGCGAUUUAGUUUAGGCAUGUUCGAGAUCGGAAAGCCUCUGGGGAAAGGCAAAUUCGGACGAGUAUACCUAGCCCGGGAGAAAUCGUCAGGAUUUGUAUGCGCUCUCAAAGUCCUACACAAGACCGAGUUGCAACAAGGCAAGGUCGAGAAACAAGUGCGGCGCGAGAUUGAGAUCCAAUCCAACCUUGCGCAUCCCAACAUCCUCCGACUGUACGGCCACUUUCACGACAGGGAUCGGGUGUUCCUCAUCCUCGAGUUUGCGGGGAAAGGGGAGCUAUACAAGCACUUGCGCAAGGCCGGCCGGUUUGAAGACUCGCGCGCGGCGCAGUACAUCGCACAGAUGACUAGCGCUCUGAAAUAUCUGCACAGGAAACACGUCAUGCAUCGCGAUAUUAAACCGGAGAACAUCCUAGUCGGCAUGUAUGGCGAGAUUAAAAUUUCGGAUUUUGGAUGGAGCGUGCAUGCGCCCAACAACCGGCGAGACACAAUGUGCGGCACGCUCGACUACCUGCCGCCAGAGAUGAUCUCCGGGCGCAGCAAAAAUGGAGGGGAUCGGACGUACAGCGAAAAGGUCGAUCUUUGGGCCCUUGGGGUGCUCACAUACGAGUUCCUUGUGGGCGAAGCGCCGUUCGAAGACACCCAUGUGAUGACGCAACGGCGAAUUGUUCGUUGCGAGAUGACCAUCCCAGGGUUCGUCAGUUCAGAAGCAAGGGACCUAAUCAAACGGCUACUGGUGCUUGACCCCGAAAAGCGCAUUGCACUCGAGGAGAUUGAACGCCACCCCUGGAUCAUGAAGCACUGCGUCACCGGCGAACGGGCUCACCAGAGAAGUCUAGGGUCGAAUAAUUCGCGGAGCAGUGAAAGGGCACGAGAUUUGGACUGA